UUGGGUGGAGGGGGCGCGUGCCUGUGACCGUGGAGGGAGCGGGGCUGGUUGACUGACUGAGCCGCCGCUGAGGGGAUUUUGCCGGUUGGCGGAUGAAAGGGUGGCUGAGGCGCCGCCGCGGGGGACCGUGAGGAAUGUGAGAGCCGCGUCUGGUCCCGCGAGCGUGCCCCCGCGUCUCGUCCUCCUCGCUCUGCCGCUCGCUUGCCACCCCUCCUUCGCCCGGCCGCCUGGCUGCUCGUUGUGUCCCCUGCAGAGGCUCCCCGGCCUCCCCGCCCGGGCCCCGCGUGAUGUCGUGAUCCCCAGGCGGACGAGCGACCAGGCGGCCGCUGCCGAUGGGGCUGCUUCGGAUUAUGCUGCCGCCUAAGUUGCAGCUCCUGGCGGUGCUGGCGUUUGGCGUGUCCGUGCUUUUCCUGGAAAAUCAGAUCCAGAAGCUGGAGGAAUCCCGCGGGAAGCUUGCAGCAAAUGUACUGCUUAAUAUGAAGAAAAUGCAGCAGCAGCAAAACUUGUACAAAGAAGAGAGGGCUAUUGCGAAACAUGAAGUCCGGGAAAUUGAGCAACGUCAUACAAUAGAUGGCUCUCGGUCAGAUGUUAUUCCAGAUGAAGAAGAUGAUGUGGUGAUCAUUUAUAAUCGAGUACCUAAAACUGCAAGCACAUCUUUUACCAACAUUGCCUAUGACCUUUGUGCUCGGAAUAAGUAUCAUGUUCUACAUAUCAACACAACCAAAAAUAAUCCUGUUAUGUCUCUGCAAGAUCAGGUACGAUUUGUGAAGAAUGUAACUUCCUGGAAAGAGAUGAAACCAGGGUUUUAUCAUGGGCAUAUAUCCUUCUUGGAUUUUGCAAAAUUUGGCAUUAAAAAGAAACCAAUAUACAUCAAUGUCAUAAGAGAUCCCAUAGAACGACUAGUUUCUUAUUAUUACUUCCUGCGCUUUGGUGAUGAUUACAGGCCUGGACUCCGAAGACGAAAGCAAGGGGAUAAAAAAGUAAAAACUUUUGAUGAAUGUGUAGCAGCUGGAGGCUCAGAUUGUGCCCCUGAGAAACUCUGGCUUCAAAUUCCGUUCUUUUGUGGCCACAGUUCUGAGUGCUGGAAUGUGGGAAGCAGAUGGGCUUUGGAACAAGCCAAAUACAACUUGAUUAAUGAAUAUUUCCUAGUGGGAGUUACUGAAGAACUUGAAGACUUUAUUAUGUUGCUGGAGGCAGCUUUGCCCCGCUUCUUCAGGGGUGCUACAGAACUGUACCGCACAGGCAAGAAGUCUCAUCUUAGGAAGACAACGGAGAAAAAACUCCCCACAAAAGAGACUAUUGCAAAGCUGCAGCAGUCUGAAAUAUGGAAGAUGGAGAAUGAGUUCUACGAAUUUGCACUGGAGCAAUUUCAGUUUGUCAGAGCACAUGCAGUUCGGGAAAAAGAUGGAGAACUAUAUAUUCUGGCACAAAACUUUUUCUAUGAAAAGAUCUACCCUAAAUCGAACUAAGAACAAUGCAUAUUUUUAGGUUAAGGAACUAAACCUUGUGGCUAUAUCCUUAUUCUCAGCCCCAAUUUGUAUAUUUCUGAUAAACUGAGGCACAUCAGUCUUGAGCUUAGUAGAAUGAACUAUGGUUGCUCGAAGAAAAUGGCUACUGACUAAACACAUUGGUAAUCCAAAAGUAUACAGUUGUUGCUGCCCUACACCUGGAGAAGCCUAAAUAUGUAUUUACAAAAACUACCAACUCACCAAUUGUAGCUGAAACUAUAAAGAUGAAAGGCUUCCCUAUAUGGUCUUUUUGAUUCACAAGACAGCUUAUUUUACUUAGCUUUCUGGGAAGAGGAAGCUGUUGGUUCCCUAGCCUCAACAUGGAGAUUUGGGUGGUAUACACUUAUGAAUAAUAUUAAUAACUGGCUGACAUUUGUGCUUUGUUCUUGUGAAUUUAUAUCACAUGACAUUCAUUGGAAUGUUCGAUCAUGUUCUGCUAAGAAAAUGCUGCAGCUGGAUUUGCCCAUAUUUGUAAGUGUGGGUUUUCAUUUUAAGAAGCUAGAACCAAUCAAUGUAUUUAAAAAUUCAAAUUCCAUAGUGAUCUUGUCAAAAUGCCGAAAAUCAAGGCAGUGUUCCUUUAAUAUCCUUUGCAAUUCCCAUUAAUGUUGGGAAAACUCUCUAAAAAGCUGGCCUUUGCCUGCACAUCAAUAUAAAACAAAUAGUGAAUUCUGUAUCAUUGUUCCAUGGAUUCUUUGUAUUUUAAAGAACUGGUGACUCCAUAUUAUGACUCAACUAGUGAGCUGUGGUAUGGUUAGGGUUUUCCUACUUAGAUACUUUUACCUGUAGAAUAUUUUUACUAAGGUGCUUUAUAAUGUGUUUUAAAGCAUUGCAUUUGCAAAAGGAGUAAAAUGCUGUAAAUAAUGCAUAUUUUAUGUAUUUGGACCAAAAGGUUACCAGUAACUAGUUUAAUGUGUUUUGGCACCAGUUUUGUUGUAUGUGAAGUAAAAGCAUCACAUCUGCUGUUCAAAUUCCAGUUUUUAGUUAACACUUGGACAUCACUAAAAUGCACUUCAGUGACCUCAACAACUUUAAAUACACAGUGUCUCUCCAGGAGCCCCCUUACAGAAAACUACUUAAUCUGCAUCCUUUUAUCAUGCUUAAAAGGAAAAGGAAAACGGAAGCAUGUGGCCUGGCCAAGAGAGAUACAAAGAAAUUGACGUCAAUAUUUUCAUGGAACUGCCUUAUGUUACUUCAGUAAACUUGCAUUUGCCAUGUUUAGCACCUUAUAGUACUUACAUACGUGAGAUUUCUUUAGCAGUUGUUUAAAUAUCGGGAUACUACAUUUUUAACAAAAUUCUAGGAAAUGUGUAGUUCUUUAUAUUCCCACUGUGCACCUUUCUUUGUCAGCUUGUUUCUGUUUUUAAAUUAAUGUUAAAGUUUAAAGAGGUUUUUUUUUAUUUCAAUUGGAUAUCGCCUUUGAACAUCACAUUCUAUAAGGUGUUAGAAGUGCAGUGUAGAUGUAUUGAUAGGGGAACUUUACCAAAUCUUGUAUCUGCUGUACAACCACAAAGAGGUUAACUGUCUAUAAACUGAAUGUUUUGAUGCCAAAAAACAUGAUUCUACUAUAAAGGUUAAAGAGACUGUUAAGUAAAACUUUUAUUCUUUAUUUUGCCUUCUUCUUAGAGAUUUACUGGCUUCCCCAUAGGUUUUUCUUUUCACUUAGUAAUGAUUGAUUAUAUUAUUUGUUUCUUCACUGUAUUACGAUGAGCCAGAAUAUUCUAUAACUACAUUGGUCCAAGUGGAUUGAGACAUUGGACAAAAAAGUAAACUUUUGUUGGACCAACUGGUUAUUUAAAAUAUAUCAAACUUGUGAACCAGUGUGUUUAUCCCCAGGUGUUGAUGCUCAGAGCACAACUAAAAAGUUUUUUGUCCAAGGUAAUGGUGAUAUAACGGGGCUGUUCAUGGUUGAAGUUGUGCCUCAAAAGGAGGAGGACAGUGCAGCACUGGAGUGAGCAAACAUUGCCUUGUAGAAUCAAGUAAUUGUAGAAAUGACUUCCAAAAUUGUGGUAUGAAUCUUCUGAGUUAGGGCUGUGGUACAGACUUCAUGAGGUAGGUUGACUACCAUACCUGGCAAAAUCUCCACUGUGUGGACAUGUCCUCAAAGUGAGGAGUGUGGUAUAGUAAUUGAAUACUCUGUAUACAAAUGGGUUUGACAGUUCAGGUUUAUUUAAAUAUUCACGCUGAAAUUAUGUGCCCAGUUACCUGGAAGCAAGCCUAUUGAACUCAGUCAGUUUUAGUUCUGAGAAAACAUGCUUAGGAUUGUGCUGGCCAAGUAGUAAACAAACAGUGGGCAGUACAUAGAUAAUAUAGGUAAAGAGGCACUUUUAUGUUUCCCAAGUGAUCAUGCUAAGCACAUGCUCCAUCAGCUCCAGUGUGUUUUAGCCUAGCUCUCAUAAGCCAUGAAUGGAAUUUCUUGUGGUAUAUUCAACUUAAUGACAGAACAUUAUCAGGUACCACUCCAGCUGGAGAUUAUAAUAUUUCUUAUGAUGUUUUGGUUGUUCUGAUUUACUAUAUGAAGUAUACAGUUGUGGCAAGGGACUGCUGCGAUAUUAAAUGAUAUUGGAAGAAGUUAGAAAAGUUUAUAGUUGCAUUUAUAAUUAAGAUAAUAGGAGGCACACCAUACCCUCUUUUCUUAAUCUCUCAACUAAACUUUAUUCUCUCAAGUUUUUUGCAUGAUGAGCUUAUAAACUAAUUUUUAAAAGAGCACUGAAUAAAGGUGUUGCUUUUUACAAAAUGAAAUACAGGCAUCUAAACACUUAAACACACUUGCAAGUUUACAAAAGUAACUGAAAAUGCAGCAUGCAUAGUCAGCUCAUUUUGACAGUAUUUAAAGGUUUAGAAAGAAAUUUAUUUGUGCAGGUCUGUUUUGUAUUCUGUACAGAAUUGCUUUGCAAGGGCAAAAAUGGCUUAAAAUACAUUUAGGGAAGAGCUCUGGUGAUUGAUUGACUAGAUCUCAGAAGCUGGGGUUUUGGUCCCUGGAAUAAUUAUACCAUUUCUUGUUUUCCUAUGGCUAACGUUCUUUGAUAUUCAUUCCAAUUGUUUACUUGCCUGUUGUUUGAACCCCUUUCUAAUGCCCAGUUUCCAAAUAUUCCAGUUAGAGCUAAGUCAAAUCAUUUAGCUGAGUCUUUUUCCUCUGUCAUUUGGCUGUGGGGAAGAUUUACCUAAAGAUAAAGGUGGGGUAGGAGAAUUUUUGAGAGACUUGCAGUGUAUGGGCAAGGAUUGUUGCUUGGUGCUUAAUUCCUGCAAUACAAGUGACAGGUGUUCCUUGUUUUUUAAUUUUUAAAAAUAUAUCAUGCCUGCUCAUAGCAGUGUGGGGAUCUGCAUAGGCUUUGACCUUGCAGCAUUUCCUGAAAUGCCUAUGCGCCUAUGAUGCAAAGUUAAUCACGGGCAUUCCAAGAGGGAAGCAAGUCUUAUUUUAAAGUUCAAAAACAAGAAAAAAAAUCUUGUUUCUUAAAAAAAGGAAAAAUUACAAGCAAUAAUUUCAGGUUUUAUUUGUCACUUGCAAACACCUAGAUGAUUGGCUAAGAUUUUGCUUCCACCCAGGUUGAUUCAGACGUAACUCCAAACUAUGACUUGCAGUUCAGGUGAGCCUUGAUUUGUAUGAUUUCUCAUACCUUCUUUGAUUAUUUCUGUAUACUAUCCCAAAUUGUGGCUUUUGAGGAUGGAGUAGCAUCCCAGCCCAAACUCAGUCUCUGAAUUGAAACUGUGAAUUACUGGAAUAUUGCAAACCAGCUCCAAACCAUGGCUUCAGAUCCAGGUUCAGUGACAGCUUGCAAAUUGUAUUUUGUUGGUGUUGGGUCAGAAAACAUGACAAACCACAAUGUGGUGUUGUAUGUAGCCAUUUCAUAGACUUUGACGUUCCUCCACCAUUAAGUGAUAUGCCUGUUGAAAACAUUCCUUGCAGGCUAGGCAUCCUCCCAAAUGGCACCCACAAAGCAUGAUUGGCUGCUGAAAUAUUGCCUUUUUUAUACAGAUCCAUGAACUGUAACUCUCUGAAAACAGAUGUUUAAAAUUCUCCAAAUUUGAAAUGAAAAUGCUGAAAAGGAGUGAAGAGAAAACCAAAACUGAGAAAAUUAAUGUCCAAAGGCUACUGAAAGUAUCUUCUAAGCCCAAUCAUGUAUGUUGGACAGUUAUGACUUAUUUUAUCCUUACAUUUAGAGAAAAUUGUUUCACUAGUUAUAAACCUGAAUUAGAUGUUUCAUUGGAUAUUGAAUAAUGUUGCAUUAAAGAUACAGCCCACAGUCCUGAUGAUAAUUCGUUCAUAGUAUUAAUCUCAUUAAGAUACUUUAAUAUAUGCUUCAAAUAAAAUAGUAGGAGCUUUUAAAGAAUUCCUUUACAAAUCCUUAGGUUUUGUAAGGGAUGGCAGCAGGGAAGGAAAAUACUAUUUCUUUACGGAUACCUUAUAUAUUCUAUAAAUCCAAAUAUCCAAGAUGGUUUAUAUAUCUGUCAUCAACAUUCCUGGUAUAAUCUCAUUUUCCUGAUAUAAACCUCAUCCAAUCUGCAGUGGCAGCCCCAUUCAUAUGAAUAGAGGACACAGAUGGUUCUGUACAUGGGUUGUUUCUUUCACUGAAAUGAGUGGUCAAUUUAGACCAGAAUUUUCUGUGGCCAUAGAACUGGGAUUCAAGGCCUUAGUUUGCUCCACUGGUCUAUACAUGUUUGUCACCUCCAAACACUAAACAGUAUUGAGCUGUUCAGACAUCCUGAGGGUAUAUUCAAUUCUUUAUCAUAUCUCUGCAUUUAAAAAAGAUCAUUUUAUAAUAUACUGAAAUGUUACUAAUUCACUGACUUGAGGUACUGCAUUCAGAAAAACAUAAUCUGAAAAUUUAGUUAUAAGAAUUUGCACAUUUAAAAAUGUAGCAACAUUCAUUGGCAUUUACAAUUAUUGGUACUUUUUUGGGAAACCUAACAUGCAGAACUUAAUAAUUAAGCGAGGAUUUAUAGUUAGAAUGUCAGAAUUUAGCAAAUGAGUGCUACAAAAUGUACAAUGUGUACCUGCUCAAAUACUCUAGUACAGACCCCUAGAUCUUACAUAAUUGAAAUGGGAGUUGAAGUGUGUGAGUGUAACCAAGUCUCCUAAGAAAUCUGGCUUGCCUUUUAGAAACUUUGCAGUUCUGAAUAUGAGCAGCUGUCAUUUUGUUCUGAUCCCAAACAUUUGCCUCUGUUAAAAUCCUGGAAUAAAGCCCAUUAACUUUGAUGGAAUAUGCUUCAAAAUAAGCAUAAUAUGAUUUCAGCAUAACUAGAUCGGUUUAUAGCCAUUCUUGUUUUUACGCAUCACAUGGUAUUGGAAAAGUGUUGUAUGAAUAUGUAUGGGGGCUAGGCUAAGCUGCAGAGGGAGCAUGCUGAAAAGCCUCUUAGUGUGUCCACUGUCAAUUUGGCUCUUAAAAGGAGUAUUUUGUGACUAUUCAAGAUCAGCCUAAAGGAAGUUGAAUUAUCAGUUGCCAGGCUAUAGCCUAUCUUAAGCCUAGUAGCUGUGUAACCUUUGGUGACACCUAUUUAUAAAUUGAAGCCCUUGUGAAGAUUUUUGUAGGAGGUUUGCUAAAGGUCUGUUUAAACGCUUGUAUAUCUCUGAAAUUUUGGAAAACAAAACUGUAGCUUCUGUGUUAGAGCAUUUCAGAAGCAGUAUCGAAUGUAAUUUUGAGAACAUGGAUUGUGCCUCUCUUUUUUUAAAAACAAACACACACACACACAGCUAAAUAGUGCCUUUUUUCCUCACAAUCCAUGUUAGAAGAUGCUUACUUCUGUUUUCCUUUCUCUUCAUCUGCUGAUUCAAUUGUGCAAUAGUCUCCCAAAUUUAAAACUAUUUUGUCACAUCUGUUUUGAGACAAUUGCUUCAUUUUUCCCUCUUUCCAAGAGCUUUCUGUUGUUGAAGUGUUUUCAGUUGAUUAUCUGAUGCAAAUGAUACAUAAAAUAAAAUACCCUAUGGGAAUGGG